UGAACACAAACGCGUUCGAGAAAUCGCGUGGAGCGUAGAAAACGAGCGAGAACUCGGCACAAGCGAGAAACGAGAAGGCGGAAAUCCAAAAUCCAUUGACGACGAUUAUUGAACGGAAUACGAGAGAGAGAGAAAUAUAAAUGACAAUAAAAAAUUAAAAAAGGCGCGCGUGCGUUUUACCAGCCCAGUGAUCGUCGAGGGGGCAUCUCUCUUGAAAAUGAGCUAUGGCGGAUUACUUUGAUGAACUGGGACACACGCCCACCGGGCCCGAGGGUGCCAAUGAUUUCGAUCGCCACUAUCGUCGCCUUCAGGUGCUGGCCAUUAUGAAUGGUAUUGAUAUGGAGAUCGAAGCUCCUGAAGCCUCCAAACGUGCCAUUGAGGCGCUGCCUAUGCAUGUGAUCACUGCAGAGGAGCUUAAUCCCGACUUGGAGUGCGCUGUGUGCAAGGAACCAGCUGAGGAGGGCAGCAAAUUUAAGGUGUUACCCUGCAAACACGAGUUCCAUGAACAAUGUAUUCUGUUGUGGUUGAAAAAGGCAAAUUCGUGUCCCAUUUGUCGUUAUAUCUUUGAAACCGAUGAUGAGGUUUAUGAGGAGUUACGACGUUUCCGUCAGGAUGAACCCAAUCGUCGUGAUCGCCAUGAUGCUCUAAUGGAUUCCAUGUUCGGUUAAGAUUAAGCAUUAAAGAUUUGUUUUUAUGGUUUUGGCUUUUAUUGGUUUAUGGUUUACAAUUAUAAAUAAAAAAACGGUUGCUGCA